AUGGAUGUUUACUUGAACAACAAACUAGUCUCUUUCAAUACAAACAACUAUCCUUGGAAAGCGUAUUUCAAGACAAUUUUGUUUAGUGGGAAAGACGAACUCUAUUCACAAAAACAAUCUGAGCUGUUCUUUAAAGACGAUGGAAAUCUUGGCGACGCAAAUGCAUACAAUGGAGCUAAUUCCGGUCUGACCGUGCGGUAUGGUUACACUCAGGAAAGUAAAGCCUUUGAGUUGGAAGGAAACCUGAUGGAAGACAUCUUUGAUAUAGAUAAAUAUUUGAUAAACGGAGUAGACAUUUACAUAAAACUUUUUAGAUCCAGUGCCCCUUUUGUCGUGAUGUCUGAUGAAUCAUCCCCGGCUUACAAAUUAGAGUUGCUGGACGUCGUGUACAAAGUGGCAAAGGUGCGAGUAGAUCCCGGCGUUCUACUGAACCAUAGUAAACAGAUAGAAACAACCCCUGUAAAAUAUACCAUUAUGCGAAAUGAAUUGAAAAUGAAUACCAUUCCCAAAGGAUCCACGGAGUUUUACUGGGAUAACAUUUUCCCUCAAGCGGUCCCUGAUCGCAUCGUGGUGGCCUUGGUGGACCAGAAAGCCGUCAAUGGGGAUUACACGGCCAAUCCCUUUAACUUUGAGCACAUGGGGUUAACUGAUGUCGGGAUAUACGUUAACGGAGAGAGUGUACCCGGUAGGCCAUUAAAAACAGACUUUUCAGCGGGACUCUUUUCGACGGCUUAUGCUCGUUUAUUUGAAGCCUCUGGAAAAUGGAACAGUGAUGCCGGACUGAUUAUUACUCGUUCUAAUUUUGGAAGUGGAUAUUCUCUGUUUGUUUUUACCAUAGAUCCUUGUGGAUUUGGAGAAGAGUAUUUAAACCUGAUUCGUCGAGGAAACACCAGACUGGAACUGAAAUUCAAAGGAGCAACAACCAAAGCAGCUAAUGCUAUAGUAUUUGCAACGUUUUCAUCUCUACUAGAAGUCGACAAAUCACGUGACAUUAACUACAUUCAACCAUGA